AUGGCCUCCGACGCCGCCUCUCGCGAGGGCAACACCACCACAAUCAUCACUGCCGCCACCAGCCUUGACCUCCCUGCUCACCCCAUCCCUAAAACAUACGCCGAGCUCAACCCCAAGUCCAAGCCCACUGAAUUCUUUGGUCCCAUCGGCACGGCAGCAAUCACCCUCCUCUGCCCCUUCUUUUCCUACUUUUUCUUCUUUGCCUGCAAUGACGCCGUAGGAUGCACGCCCACGAGUCUAGGAGGGUUCAAGGAGGCAUGGAAUUUGGCGAUUGAUGGGUUCCCGAGUAGCGCUGGGCAGUGGUGGGAGUGGAAGGCCGCUGCUGUCUAUCUUGGGUGGUACGCAUUCUGUGUGAUAUGCGAGGUUGCUCUUCCCGGGGAGCGCGUGCAGGGAAACCUUCUGAGAGAUGGUACGCGCAAGACCUACCGAAUGAACGGUCUCUACACCCUUCUCCUGGCCCUUGGUAUCAUCACUGGUCUUCUCGUUCAGCCGGGUGGUGUGCAAGCCUUCACUUGGCUGCAUGACCACUUUGUGCCCCUCCUCUCGGCCGCUCUGGCUAUGGCGACGUUCCAGGCGACAUGGGUUUACGCUUACAGUUUCGUCUCUGGAGAGCUGCUGGCUUUGGGCGGUAACUCUGGCAACGUUAUCUACGACUACUUCCUCGGCCGCCCCCUCAACCCUACCGUCCCCGGCGUCCCUUCGUUUGAUCUCAAAACCUUCAAUGAAGUCCGACCCGGUAUGAUCCUCUGGCUCCUUCUCAACAUCUCUUGCGCAUGCGAGCAAUACACCAGGCUCGGCCAGUUGACAGCCAGCAUGUGGAUCGUGCUCAUCUUUGAGGGUUGGUACACUCUUGACUGUCUUCUCCAAGAGCACACGAUCUUAAACCAGAUGGACAUCACCACCGACGGUUUCGGCUUCAUGCUCGCUUUUGGCGAUCUCGUCUGGGUUCCCUUCACAUACGGCCUCCAGGCCCGUUUCCUCGCUUUCCACCCCACCUACUUGUCCCCUCUUGCUACCGCUGCCAUCGUCGCCAUUGAGCUCUACGGCAUGUACGUCUUUAGAGUCGCCAACAACGAGAAGGCGACUUUCAGGGCUGGCAAGAACCCCAAAAACCUGGAGUUUAUGCAAACUGAGCGGGGCACCAAGCUCAUCACUUCUGGCUGGUGGGGCCGAUCUCGACACCCCAACUACUUUGGCGACUGGCUCAUCGCCCUCGGUUGGUGUCUUCCCACCGGUCUCUCUACGCCUUUGACAUACUACUACCUGAUCUACUUUGUUAUCCUCCUUCUCCAUCGCCAGGCGAGGGAUGACGAGGCUUGUAGGGAAAAGUAUGGGAAGGACUGGGAUAGGUAUUGUGAGAUGGUCAAGUGGAAGAUCGUACCGGGAGUCGUGAGUUGUGUUUUCAAUUCUGAGGGGAUAGAAGACUGA